GACCCGGAGGGGCCACAAUUUGCGCGCGCAGAGCGGGUCUCAUUGUCCCGGGAUCGUCAGCAGCGGCGCUCGCGCGAGGAGGCUUCGGGGCUUUCCAGAAAGGAGGCGGGCGCGUGCAGGCACCCAGAAAACUACCCCUCUGGAUUUGGUUUCUCAUCCCCGGACGAAAAGAAGCCGAAGAGGAGAGCUGAACCCAGAACAAGAAUUUCCGCAAAGCUGAACAAUGGGCAGACCCCGAAAAACCGCAGACGUGUCCUCCCCUCGGCCCGCCACCACGGCGCCAAAAGCCGCCCCGGCGGCCCCUCGCUCUUCAGCCUCGUCCAAGGCGACACCCGCUAGCGGCAAAGCUUCGAGCGCUCCAGCCGCGAAGAGCGGAGGUGGCAGGCGAGGACAAGGGGAGAAGCCAGCCUCCGUCCCAAGCGCCGGCGCGACAAGCCAGAGUUGCCAGACCAAGUCCGCGGCUGUACACGCUGGCGGUCAAGGAGAUGCGAAGAGCAGCCGUGGCGCCAGAGCCAAGACCUCCACUGCCAGCGGAGGUGGAAAACCUCAUGCCGAUAACACCCAUGUCGAGGUGGAUAGUUAUGCAAGCCCGUCGCUGGCUACCGCCAAAAAGCAAGGCAAGGCGAGUGGUUAUUCCCCACCGCUGGAUGUGGCUGAGAUCGAGUGCCAGACGCGGGGUCAGCGGACGAACCCCGAAUGGUACAAAUGGAGGGAGAACCGUAUCACCGCUUCGGUCGCCCCCAAGAUCGCCAACAGCAAGUUUGCCAACGGGCGGAGCUCCGAGGUACCCCAGUCCUACCUGAAAGCCGUCGUGAACUCAGGUCCCAGCGUGACGACCCCAGCCAUGUCCUGGGGUAUCCGGAACGAGAAGAAAGCCAUAGAAGCCUACGAAGCCAUUAAGUCCAGCAAGAGCAGGAAGGCGGUGACGGUUGAAGACCCCGGGCUCUACAUUGACAAGGGAAAGCCGUGGCUCGCCGCCAGCCCCGACGGGAUCGCCCGGGAACCCCAUACCGGUAAAAAGCUAGCCGUCGUGGAAGUCAAGUGUCCCUAUAAACACAGAGACAAGACGGUGACGGAUGCCUGCAAGGAUAAAAACUUCUGUCUGGAGAAGGAGGGUGAUUCCUAUACGCUGAAGAAAGACCACCCGUACUACACGCAGGUGCAGUGCCAGAUGGGAGUCACCGGCCUCAAGAAGGCCGACUUCGUCGUCCACACUAACAAAGAGACGGCCAUCGCCCCCGUGGAGUUCGACCCCAUUUUCUGGGACGCCACCGUGCCCAAGCUGGAGAAGUUCUACACGGAUGCCGUAGUCCCGUACCUGGAGCAGAAGGAAAGUGCUGCCGCUUGGGCUAAAGAAGAAUAAAGCGGCGGGGGAGUUCGAGCUUCCCGACUCUCCGAAAGACGUGCCUUCUCCUAGUAACCGUCAACUCUCUUUUCUGGUUUUUCCAACGGGUGUUUGAGAAAAAAAAAAUGGUUUGCUGCAUUCCUGUGCGUGAAAAUGGGCUUGCAAAUGGUGAUUCGAGUUCCUGCCAGAUUCCCCCUUCCCUGUCCACUUGCAGACUGCCAGCUAUGCGAGGGAGCAGCAGAGCUACAGUAGCAACGUCCGUCUUUCCUCUGGGUCUUCUAGAAAAAGCAGGCAGUACUUGCUCUGGGCAAUUCUAGACCAGGUCAGAGGACUUGAAGCCGCCACAGUACCUCCCUGCCACAAAGAAUAGCGCUGCCCAGCCAGGUAACCUGACUUCUGGAAACAUGUACGGAAAAGUACACUCGGUGCUCUUUUGUUAUCCAAAGGCCAUUUCACUGCCAGCUGAAUUCUACUUCUGCUCCUUCCUCGAGAAGGAAGUGAUCAUUCUACCUGCCAGCCAUCUGAAGAAUCAAUGAACGCUGCCCACUGAGACCGGAAUGAUGAAUUUCAGCUUUUUGAGUAGACUCAUUCUGAUUUUUCCUUCCUGCUUUUUAAAAGGCGAGAGUCUACACAGUUUAAAAGGAGAUGCUAGUACUUCGUCAAGACCCUGUGCAGGAGACUUUGAUUUUGUCCCCCGGUGUUCUGUAGUUCUUCUGAUCCGAACUGGAUGAAUGACUGGGUGGUGAAGAGCCGGAGUCUGGACAAGAUCCAAUUCAGAGCUGCAGUUCACGUAUACAGGAGCAAGUGCUGCUGAAGUCUCUGGACCUCACGCCUAAAUAAAAUACGCAGAGGAGUAGGCUGCUAAAGGUUUUGCUGAUAUCAAACAUGAUAUAACUUUUGGGAUGAUUUUUCUUAUAGCCCUGCAGUCAGCAAGAUGAGACGCCUCCUGUUCUUGCACAUUUAAAACAGAUUUAUUUUUUUGUGCGGUUGUCAGUUUGAGAGUUACUAUUUUUUCAGGCGUUUCAGCCCCUGGUGCUCUUUGCCACUUGGGAAGACAAGAUACCCUUUAGAUAACUUUUCAUAAGCUUUUUUGGAGAAUUGUUACUUUAUUUAGGAAAAGGUUAGUUUACUUAGAAAAAGCUUAGUUUACUGUCAGACAUUUGUUUAGAAGGCCGAACCGGCCAGCCAGAUUGUACACUGUGGUU